CCCUUGCAAACACGUGUUCGGCGCACCGUGUUUUUCUGUUGCAACGCUGAACAUUUCAGCAGGUAAAAUAAACUAAAUAUUAUCCAUAAAAUGGCUAAAAGUCUCCGCAGCAAAUGGAAGCGCAAGAUGCGGGCAGAGAAGAGGAAGAAAAAUGCUCCCAAGGAGCUGGCUCGCCUCAAACAGGCCCUGAGUCUGGACAAGAAAGGAGAAGCAGACAUGACCGACUUGCAGGAUAUCGCCACAGUGGUGCCAGCGGAAAAGAUUACCAAGCAGACAGAUUCUGAAACGGCAGAGGGUGAAGAGGGGAAGAUGGACAUGGAAGAAAAGCGCAACAAGACAACUCUGCUGAACGAACAUGGACAGUAUCCUGUUUGGAUGAGCCAACGGCAGGCCAAGAAAAUGAAAGGCAAACGAAUGGCAAAGAAAAGUGGGAAAGGCAAGAAGAAGAAGGGAGUUGCUUGGUAAAAGAGAGGAAAACUAAACACCCAUACUUUAUUUUGAAGACUGGAUGCAGAAUCACUGCAUCAAAGCAUCAACUCUCUGUUGUUGAACUUUCCUCUGAGGAUUGUGAGACUCGUGGCCGUUACCACAGAGCUGGAAAUUGUAAACUGGACAGACCUUCAUCAGAGAAUAGAGUUUGUUCUCAUGGAGUGAGAGCUUCAUUUCUAUUUUGGAACAAGUCUCUUGUGUAAGAUGUGUAGGAGGUGCCUGAAUUAACAGUUCCACAGAAGACGUGGGGUUCCAGUCUUUUCCACUUCGAGGGCCGAAGAACAUAACCUCCUAUCUGAAAAUUUCACUUUUUUGGGAAAACACAAAAAACUGUGUUCUUUUCUUGUAGAAUGCUAUUUUUUAAGGAUACCCCUAAACAUUUCACUGUUUUGGGACUAUAUUACUAUAUUAUGUGUUAAUGAUACCAACCAGGUACUGUUUUUGUGUUUUCCCAAAAAAGUGAAAUGUUCAGAUAGGAGGUUGUUUUUCGGCCCUCGACUUGUUUUUUUUUUUAAGGUAUCAU